AUCGCCGCUGAAUCUUCCAGUAUGAUCUGUGAAUAUCUCAAUAGGCUUUUACUGAAAAACAAUGAUAAACGUCAAACCGUAGGGGAUGGUAGAUACAAGAGACAAACAAUUCAUGCGCUGGCUUACCUGAUAUGGAAGGAACGAGUUGUCUAUGAUAUCAAGUAUAAGCAUUCAGAUCGGCUCAUGCAUCAAAUAUUUGAAUGCAUUCGAAAAGAUAGAGAUGAAGAGGAUUCAGUUCCUGAAGUUGUUGCGGAAGUUAUUAAAUCAUUUGUCGAACUCAAUUCCUUAACCGAGAGUAAACAUCAAUUAUACAUUGAAGAAUUCGAGAAACCAUAUUUGAACAAGACGCGACAAUACUAUGAGAGGGAAUCUGCUGCAGUAAUCGCGAAUGGUAGCAUCUCGCAAUAUAUGAAGGCGGCAUGUGAAAGGUUAGAACAGGAAGUGACACGUAACAAAAAAUACUGUGACGAGUCAUCCCACAAUACAACAAUCAAAGAGUGCGAAACCCAAUAUAUAGCUGUACAUCAGUCGCGAAUACACUCUGAAUUCGAAUCCAUGAUAUCAAGCGAGAAAUUUGAGGGAGUCAAUCCUUUAUUGGAAAUAUUUGAGCGAUAUAUUACGAACAUCGGGCAAGAAUUGAUUGCUAGAAUGGGGAAUUCAAUAGCAAAGGAUCCCAGGGAAUAUGUAGAGUCACUCAUGGAUCAUCACGUAAAAUAUAUGAAUCUCUGUCACAAAGUAUUUAUCAAUGAUCCGGCAUUUGUCGCAGCAGUUGAUAAAGCCUUUAGAACGAUCGUAAACGAUGUGAACACCAAUCCAUUGGCGCUUGCUCCGGAGGUUCUCGCUCGUUACUGCGACGUAAUGUUAAAAAAGACUCAUAAGGGUAGUUGGAGUGAACAAGAGGUCGAGGAAAAGUUAAAUAGGAUGAUCAUCCUUUUUAAAUACAUAGACGAUAAGGAUGUUUAUCAGAAAUUCUAUUCGAGAAUGCUUGCAAAACGCCUUAUAUAUGGUAACUCUGCUUCACAUGAGGCCGAAGCGAGUAUGAUAUCUCGAUUGAAGAGCUCGUGCGGUGUGGAAUAUACUAGUAAAUUGCAAAAAAUGUUUACUGACAUCACUAUUAGUUCGGAUAUUAACAGUAGCUUUGCUGAUUUUGCGAAGAGAAAUCCUAUGAGUGCUUCUACAGUAGAUUUUUCUAUAUUAGUUUUGACCGCUGGAGCUUGGCCGUUAACACAGGCUUCAACAACAGAAUUCCAGUUGCCAACUGAGUUGGAGAGAAACGUUUCUCAUUUUUCAACAUUCUACAACGGUCAUCAUAGUGGAAGAAAGUUGACAUGGCUGUGGCAUUUGUCCAAAGCCGAUGUGAAAUUGAAUUAUCUUGAUAAACGCUACGAGUUUUCGGUAUCGCUUCAUCAACUAGGCGUUCUGCUUUUGUUCAACAACGCAGACACCUAUUCCUUUAAGGACAUAAGGGAACAUACUGGACUGAGUGAACAAGAACUAAGGAGGCCUAUGAUUGACUUAACAGUUUUUCUCGUAAUCCCAGUUGGCACUCUUCAAGACGAAACGCAGAUAAAUUUGAAUAUGAACUUUACAAAUAAACGAAACAAAAUCAAGGUUAGUUCUUCUCUGCAAGCCGAAACACCUCAGGAAAACGAUGCCACACGAAAAGCUGUAGACGAAGAUCGCAAGCUAUAUCUCCAGGCGUCGAUCGUGCGUGUAAUGAAAUCACGCAAGACUCUGAUGCAUAAUCUACUAGUAAAAGAAGUCAUAGAUCAGGCGAAAGAUAGAUUUAAUCCCAGUAUACCAAUGAUCAAAAAAUGCAUCGAGCAAUUAUUGGAUAAGCAAUAUUUAAAGAGAACCAAGGAAAAUAAAGAUAAAUACGUUUAUGUGGAGUGA